AAAACACCUUACAGCAUGAAAUGCUUGCUGAUUGUUAUCACAAAGACUUCGUUGUUUGGGAAAGCGUGUAAAGCUCUGACCAUCGUCGUCACAAUGUCGGCCGACCUACAGUGGAUGAUCAUCAGGAACAACUCCUCCUUCUUGCUGAAGAGACCCAGACUCACCAUCAGCACGGAAAAAAACAACUUGAAGGGUAUCAACUCCUUCCGUUACAAUGGUCUGAUCCGCAAGAAGACUCUUGGUGUGGAGCCAGCAAAGGACGGAAAGGGCGUUGUCUUGGUCACCAGAAAUUCAACUGGAGGCCGCAAACCCAACAAAUCCUUCACUCGUGUUGAACUGAAGCGUGAUCCCCGCCGGACGUUCGCUACUAUCAGGAAGACCAUCAGGAGAAACAAGUACAGGAAAGACUUGAAGAUGGCUGCAGUGCGGCGAGCUGGCGCCAUCCUCCGGAGCCAGAAGCCAAUUGUUGUCAAGAAGGCCGGACGGGCAAAGAGGGAUUAAAAAACAAACAAGAAAAAUUGUAAAUACAGAUAAUAAACUGUCUGGGUGAA